UGGUUGUGAAGGUGCUUGCAUGCCUGAUAUCUUAUCAUCAAGAGACCUUGCUACUGAACAAGAUAAAGAUCUUUUGCGCGCUUUCACAACCUUCACUAUGUCAUAAAUGAUGAGCCUCCAACGUUUCAACUGUCACUGGAGAAUUGGCGUUCGCUCAAUUGUCGGUGCAUUAGUUGGAUUGCCAAUCACGUCAUGAAGAGUACCAGUACUCCCGUAAGGCGAAUCACGUAAAGAAAAUCAAGUUAUCGUGAAAUGAACUGCUCGCCAUCAGCAUUCCAUUUUCCACACCCCUAGACAUCAUGGCGGAAAACUUGGCACCUGACGCAUAUAGGAAACUCUCCGACCUCAAAGCAGAAGCGAGUCUCCAUAGCCAAGAAGUUGGACACCAAAAAGGUCACAUUGACCCACACGAUGAGGGUGCCAACGCAUGUGCGGCAUUCGGUAAAUACGCUUCAGCAAUGGCAACAGAGCUCGAGCUCCCUGGCGAUAAAUCCCUUGAUAUCCAAAAAGCAGCAUUGCCCUCCAAAAAAGGGUCUUAUUCGCCAGCGGACCUUGCUCGCCGGCUCAGAAAGGAGGCUGAGGAGCGGAUUAAAUCCGAACAGGAAGAAAUCGGAUAUGUUAGACCGAAAUCAGCGGCGGCAAAGACUCUUAGUGCAGCUUUAAAGUAUGAAGAGACCUUGGCGGAGCAUAUGGAGCGAGGAGACGUCGUAUAGGUGGGCCUUGGGUUACCUGCAAGACAAUAGCUCGUUUGCACAGAAAGUUGAAUUGGAGAAUUGAGAUCAAAGAGCAGAUUUAUGGUAAAAGAAGC